AUCUGUUCUGGCAUCUCUGCUGUUCGUAUUAGCUGUCUAAUAGGAAAUUUGAAAAACGUCACUUUAAAUUAGUAAAUGUUGAGAAACCAUCAAAACUCCAAGUUUUCCAGUUGAGCAAUAAUUUGUAUGUUUUGAUUGGCAGACAUAAUUAUGAGAUGCAAUCUAGAGCUAGACGUCGCGUUGCUCUAUCGGAAGGACACGAUUUAUUAUCUGGAGUAAAAAACGAAGAAAUUUCCGACAAUACAUAUAUAGUGGAACCAGAGGAAGAGUUUAAAGAAAAAUCCAAAUAUCCUGUCUCAUUUGGAACAAGUUGGUUGCCCUCGAUUCCGCAUAAAUUUUUGUCCAAUAUCAUCAACCCAAUAAGCAUCUCAAAUACCAAUCAGCAGUCGACUAUUCCUUUCGACUUAAAAGAUAAUAGUGACCAUUAUUUGUCGGAAGAUAACGAACCUGAAUUCAUGAUGACGGCUAGAGAUCGAUCAACUGAGUUUUCCAACGCAAUUCGUUCUCUACAAGGUAGAAACAUUCAACGAGCGGCCAAUGUGCGGGACCCACGUAAAGCUAAACAGUUACAAAGCUACUCAGAAUUUAUGAUGAUAGCAAAGCACAUCGGUAAAAAUAUCGCUAGUACAUACACCAAGCUUGAAAAGUUAACUUUACUGGCCAAACGAAAAACAUUGUUCGAUGAUCGACCAGCGGAAGUUCAAGAACUAACUUACAUCAUCAAGGGUGACUUACACUCGUUAAACCAACAAAUUGCUAGACUUCAAGAGGUUUCAAAAUGCCAACGGAAGUCUACUACUGGGAAACAUCUGCUAUCACAUUCCUCAAAUAUGGUUGUAGCCUUACAGGCCAAGUUGGCUAAUAUGAGUUCAGAUUUCAAGCAGGUAUUAGAAGUACGCACGGAAAAUCUCAAGCAACAGAAAUCGCGUCGCGAUCAGUUCAGUCAAGGUCCAAUUUCUAGCAGUUUACCACCUUCAACAAUGCGUGGAUCAACGCAAAGUAGCCUACUUUUGCAGGAGCAGCAAGAGCAGACUACUAUUGACAUGAAUUCUUCUGGUGCUGCAGAACGAGUCCCUCUACUUCAACAGCAACAUCAAUUAGUUCUGUAUGACGAAUCUGACAGCUAUGUACAAGAGCGAGCUGAAACGAUGCAGAAUAUAGAAAGUACUAUUGUAGAACUGGGUGGCAUCUUUCAACAGUUAGCUCACAUGGUCAAAGAACAAGAAGAAAUGGUAGAACGUAUCGAUACAAACUUGCAAGAUGUAGAGCUGAAUGUAGAGGCAGCGCAUGGAGAAAUUUUAAAAUACUUCCAGUCGGUGACCAAAAAUCGUUGGUUGAUGAUAAAGAUAUUUGGUAUAUUGAUACUAUUUUUUAUCUUUUUCGUAAUAUUUUUGGCGUGAGCGAUUAUUAAUUACUUGUUAGUGGUAUACAUUCUUUUCAAUCUUUUUGUAUUCGGACGCUGGAGUCGCUAUGUAUGUAGGACUAGGAACCUAUGACAACUGAAAUGUUAGUUGAUGGCACUGCUGAUGGUUACGUUGAUGUAUAUAUAUAUUUAAAUCAAUUUAUCACACAUAAAUAUUCAAUAUUUUAUCACA